AUGGUCAGGGCCAUUAACUACGCAGGCCCUGGUUAUCUCGCGCCGCGCCGUAACUACGUCGGAGGGGCUGGCCUGAAGCUUUGCCGCACGGGCAUCGAGAAGGGCCUUCAGCCAAUCGCCGCGAGCUGGAAGAGGGAUGGCGUCACCGUCGCCUCGGACAUGAUGACCGAUCGGACGUGGGCAAGAUCCCGUGGGCGAAGGAAGCUGACGGCGGAUACCUUCCGCGGCCACGUCUUGGACGACGAGUGGUGGAAGAAAGCAACAUACCUCGUGGAGCUCUUGGCGCUUCCGUUCAAGGUGAUGCGGGCCACGGAUAGCAGCGCGAAAGGCAUGAUGGGCACCAUCUAUGACCUUAUGCUCCAGCUGACCGAGGACAUGAACGUCAAGCUGGAUGCGGGGAACAAGAUUCUGACGCGGGCGGAUGCGGCUGAGAUAGGGAAGAUUGUUAGGCGCCGUUGGGACGAGAGCCUUGCUUGCGUGCUUCACGUCGUUGGCCGGAUCCUGAACCCGGCAAAUCAGGAAGAGGGUAUAUUCCGCAACGAUGUGGAAUGUACCCGCAUCUUCAAGGCGUUCAUCGCGCGCCACUACGACGGCAAGACGUUCACCAACAAAGACGGUGAGGAGAAGCGGGCCUCUCUUGUUUUGAAAGAGGGGCUCAUGGCCUUCCUCACCCUUGAAGGAUCCUUCGGCCUCCCUGAGGCAAUUGCUGACAGGGAGGCCGUGAAGGCAGGCAAGCACUCGAUGGUGCAGUGGUGGGGAUGGCACGGGACUGACCACCCCCACCUGGCCAGUCUUGCGUGCCGUGCCCUGACACAGCCGGUGUCAGCCUCGCUGUGUGAACACGGGUGGGCAUCGUGGGAAUCGGUGCAUACUGCCCGCCGCAACAAGCGAGGCUCGGAGAAACUCCGGGACCUAGAUUAUGUGGCCCACAACUGGCUGGUGGUCCACAAGUACCACAAGAUGGGUGAGUCACUGGCGGUGCUUCUGGGCAACAUCCGUGCUCCCCCUCUGCCGGAGGGAUACAAGGAGGAGGAGGAAGGGGAGGGGGAGGGGGAGGGGGAGGGGGAGGGGGAGGGGGAGGGGGAGGAGGAGGAGGAGGAGGAGGAGGAGGAUGCCAUGCUGGCCGAUGAGUACGUGGAGUAA